AUGUCCACGACAGCGAAUAGCAAGCUUUUAUUGGUCGAAGGGAAGACGGGAGAAGUCGUCUUCGAAGCCAGCUGGACGGCCAAGCUGAACGCCACAUGCAAUGACCCGCAGGACCGAAGCAGGCCCUUCGUGUCCUUGGACUUAUCCCUCCAACCCAUCAAGCAUCAGGCCAACGGCGGUGACCCACAUGGUGGUCGAAUCGCCGUCGGACCGGUGGCGGAGGGAGACGAUGAAAACCAAGUCGUCAUCACAACCCCUUACGGCGAGACGCUCACUGCGACCAGCCAUUCUCUUGGCUCAGUAGAAGCGCUCGACUUUUUGCGCCAGCUCCUGAAACAUGCUCAGUCAUCGAGACGGGCGCACUUGGCGAAGCUCAUCAUCCCGACUACUCCGGGUUACAUCGCCCGGUCGAACAUUGUGCAACUCCGGUUGAAGGAUAGCGAGUUUGUUGAGCUUGUCUCGACAUUCGCGACGCCCCGGCAGCAUUUUGCAGGGGGCAAGGUAGCCAUCGAAGGGGCAAACGACUGCUGCGGCUGGCUGAGCCAUCUCCUCCGCAGGUCAGCCGCGGGCGUCUUGCUCAGAGACCGGGAUGACAAAGGCGCCAAGAUCAACCUGCACCAAGCAUCCGCGGCCCUCGAAGCUCAGCUGGAUGACCGGCUUUCGUUCCCAUGGCUUACCAGUACCUUGCACCCCAGGAGAACACUGGCCAUUAUCGAAGCCGGCCGCGUCCACCCGCGCUAUGGGGGAACGGGCCCUUCGGUCUACGGGGCGGCCAAAGCUCUCGGCAUCGACAUCAUCGCCAUGGACAAUUCUGGCCACUGGAUGGAAGACAUUGAGUUUUCCGAGUGGCGCAUGGCUUUUGUCCCCCUGGCCCUGCAUGAUCCGCCGCGGGAUGAUUUCACGGAGCGAAUCGUGGAGACGGUGAGAUCGUGCCGCAUUCGGAUCGACGGCUUGAUGACCCUCUGCGAGUCGUACAUGGGCCCCGUAGCGCGCGCUUGUGAGCAGCUGGGCCUGCCGACCCAAUCCCCGAUCCCCUACCUCACGGCAACGGACAAGUACCGGACCAGCAUUUUUGAAGGCCACCAAGCCCAUCUCGCCUCCGACUCUGACGAGGCGGUCACCAUCGCAACAAAGGUUGACCUUCCGUACCCCUUAAUCAUAAAGCCGUGCAACGGCUGGAGCUCGGAGGGAGUGAGCUUGGUCCAUCAUAAAUCCGAGAUCCGCGCGGCUGUUGAAUCCAUUGACACGACGCGGCACGGAAAUGCUUUUGUCAUGGAGCCAUACUGUGCUGGCCCCGAGGUUGACGUUAACUUGGUACUGUUGAAUGGUGAGCUCCUCUUCUUUGAGGUGUGCGAUGAUAUGCCGAAGACGGCCGAGGAUGGGGAAGGGGAUACCGCUGGAAAUGUCAGCGGAGCCCAGGGCGGAUCCUCUCUCAGCACCUUCAUUGAAAUGUGCAGUGUCUUCCCAUCAGCUCUUCCACGGCGCGAGAUCGAAAUUCUCCGUGACUCUUUCCACGCCAGCCUGCUGCGCUUAGGCUUCGACACGGGCAUGUUCCACCUCGAGGGCCGGGUCCAGGACUCGACGGUCGGGUAUGCUUUCGGGCAGGGUGACGGGGUUGUGGAUCUGAGACCAAAAGCUGAAACGCUACAGCAACCGACGAAAGCCUGGCUUAUUGAGAUCAACCCGCGGCCGCCGGGGAUGAAGGGGAGCCUGAUCAUCGAGUCGACUUGGGGCGUCGAUUAUUGGGCCACUACCUUGUUAACCGCACUCCGAGACGAUGAAAGGCUCCGAGCCUUGUCACAACCGUUUGCCUCGGGACCACAAUACACUAGCGCGAUGGUUUUUAUUCCAACUGAGUACAACGCGGAGGUUUGCGAAGGCAUCUUUGACUCGGACGACAUAGUGGAAGAGCUGUUUUCCCGGCGGCCGGAUCUUGCCCGCCACGUCAGCCGGAGUGGAUGCCUCGUCCAUCGUGGUCAAAAGAUCCCGCAUCCCCAACGGGACGGCUACAACUCCUUCCUUGCGUGGUUCAACGUCUUCUCGCGCAAGAGCAGAGCGGAAACGCUGAGGUUAGCGACCGAGGUGCGGAGAGAAGUGCGAUACACGUUCAAAUAG